GCUCCAGAUAAAAGGAAAGCAUUAGAAGAGACCAAAGCCUACACAACUCAGUCUUUAGCCAGUGUUGCUUAUCAGAUCAAUGCACUGGCCAACAAUGUAUUACAACUGCUGGACAUCCAAGCAUCCCAGCUACGGAGGAUGGAGUCCUCCAUCAACCAUAUCUCCCAGACUGUGGACAUCCACAAAGAAAAGGUCGCUCGCAGAGAGAUAGGCAUUUUGACGACCAAUAAGAACACAUCAAGAACUCACAAAAUUAUAGCGCCAGCGAACAUGGAGCGUCCUGUAAGGUAUAUUCGAAAACCUAUAGACUACACGGUGCUGGAUGAUGUUGGCCAUGGCGUUAAGUGGCUAAAAGCCAAGCAUGGAAAUAACCAGCCUGCAAGAACUGGCACCUUGUCAAGAACAAAUCCGCCUACACAAAAACCACCGAGUCCUCCCAUGUCAGGCCGGGGAACUCUGGGACGAAAUACUCCUUACAAAACCCUGGAGCCAGUCAAGCCGCCAACAGUCCCCAAUGAUUACAUGACAAGUCCUGCCAGACUGGGCAGUCAGCACAGUCCAGGAAGGACGGCUUCCUUGAACCAGAGACCAAGAACACACAGCGGUAGUAGUGGAGGAAGUGGCAGUCGAGAGAACAGUGGAAGCAGCAGUAUUGGCAUUCCCAUUGCCGUGCCUACGCCUUCACCGCCAACCAUUGGACCAGCUCAUAUUUCUGUUCUUCCUCCUCCUGGACCCUUGCCAGCACCACCACUGCCACCACCUCUCCCGAUGGGCAGUCUGAUAGCUGCUCCUGGUUCAGCUCCUGGUUCCCAGUAUGGCACAAUGACCAGGCAAAUCUCGCGACACAACUCUACCACUUCUUCAGCAUCUUCUGGUGGAUACAGACGGAACCCUUCUGUGACUGCCCCAUUUUCUGCUCAACCUCAUGUUAAUGGCGGGCCUCUUUAUUCUCAAAAUUCAAUUUCUAUUGCUCCACCCCCUCCCCCUAUGCCUCAGUUGACUCCACAGAUACCUCUCACAGGCUUCGUGGCCAGGGUGCAGGAAAACAUUGCCGAUAGCCCGACUCCUCCCCCUCCACCGCCUCCCGACGAGAUGCCGAUGUUCGAUGACUCUCCUCCUCCUCCACCCCCACCCCCCGUGGAUUAUGAGGAUGAGGAGGCCGCUGUUGUCCAGUACAGCGAUCCCUAUGCAGAUGGAGAUCCUGCCUGGGCACCUAAAAACUAUAUAGAGAAAGUUGUUGCUAUAUAUGACUAUACAAAGGACAAAGACGAUGAGCUGUCAUUUAUGGAGGGUGCAAUCAUUUAUGUGAUAAAGAAGAAUGAUGACGGCUGGUAUGAAGGAGUUUGCAAUCGAGUAACUGGCUUGUUUCCUGGGAAUUACGUUGAAUCAAUCAUGCACUAUGCCGAUUAAAAAAUCCUUUGCUUUUUCAAGUUGGGUCCUGUAUUCAGUCAUACCAUGAUUAUUUACAAGGGUAACUAAAGCUAACAGAAUUGUCUUAAUAUACUUUCAAAUAAAAAUGUGCCCAUUUCUUCAGGCCAUACUGUUUGUUUUAAUGGUAUGAUUGAAUGUCCAUCUCUCUGAGUCUCUGGAGACAGUAUGUCUUACCUGAUGGCAAUUUGUAAAACAAGCAACUGUCUAUAACUGGUUAUACUUAUUUACUUAUGCAUUGUUAAUUUUAUGACCAGCCUAAAUAUUCUGGGGAAGUAGGGUAUAAUAUUUAAUGAACCAUGAUCAGAUUGUGCCAUUACAUUUUUCAGUACAGCAUGGUAACUAACACUACGUUAGACUAACAUAUUAAAAUCUGGAUGAGAAGUUUAAUGUUAGUGCUGGUCAUACUUCUUUUUGUUUAGACUCUUUGCUCAUUCUUGAACUAUAUUUGUUUAAAGCAUGCAUACAAACUUAUGUAUUGAAAUAUACUUUUUUAAAAAUCCAAGAUGCUUCCAAUUGUUGUAAUCUUUACCUGGAGUAUUCUCACUAAAGUCUAUUUCAAUGAGUUGUUUGGGUCUAAGGUGUCCAUGUGAAUCAAAAAAUGGGUGGUCUUAUGUAUGUGUAAUUUGUACCCAAGUUUUUUUAAUGAGUAAAUUUACAUUAUGACUUUUUCCAUUCAUAAAUAUAUAAGUGAACCAAA